AUUUGCUGUCAUUGGUAAAUGCUACUGUCAAACACUGCAACAGCAAUAAACUCGGGAUAAAAUAAAAAUCCAAAAGAUAAAUAAAAUCCCAACGUCAGACCGACGCUCCUCUAUCGGCGGCGGCGGCGGCCGUGAACGGCGGUGCUUCACCUUCUGCCUUCCCCUCAUCUCGAAAAUCUCUAGGAUAUGUGAAACUUGUCAAAAGGCAGUAUGAGCAACAACAUAUUUGAUGGACAAAUAUUAGCAGAGAAGUUGUUGAAACUCAACAAUUCACAACAAAGCAUUGAAUCACUGUCCCAUUGGUGUAUUUCUCACCGGAAGAGAGCAAAAGAAAUAGUUGAAACUUGGGAUAAAUUGUUCAAUGCUUCCCAGAAAGAGCAGGGUAUCUCUUUUCUAUACUUGGCUAAUGACAUCUUGCAAAAUAGUAGGCGAAAGGGUAGUGAGUUUGUCAAUGAAUUCUGGAAAGUUCUUCCAGUUGCUCUCAGGCAUGUUUAUGAAAGUGGUGAUGAACAUGGAAGGAAAGUAGUGAACAGACUAGUUGAAAUAUGGGAGGAUAGGAAGGUUUUUGGUUCACGAGGUCAGGGUCUUAAGGAUGAAAUAAUGGGCAAGAAUCCCCUUCCAUCUGCAAGCAAUGGAAAGAGUUUGAAUUCUAUCAAGAUAGUGAAAAGGGAUGCCCACUCAGUGAGAAUAAAACUGGCAGUUGGGUGUUUGCCAGAGAAAAUACUAACAGCAUUUCAGCCUGUUCUUGAUGACCAUCUUAAUGAGGAAGUUGCCUUAAACAAUUGCAAUGCUGCUUUGCGUGAUGUGGUUAAAGUUGUGGAAGAUGUUGAAAAUACAUUGGCUCAAGGAAAUCAGUUGGGAUCCACUUUGGUGAAUGACUUGCAUGAGAUGGAAAAGAAGCUUAAACAAUAUAUGGAACAACUUGAAAAUGCUGAGGCUGCAAGGGCUUCACUGCUUUCCCAGCUUAAACAUGCACUUCAGGAACAAGAGUCAAGGCAAGAGCUUGUUUGCGCCCAGUUGCUAGUUGCCCGAGGCCAGAUUGAGAAAGCAGUUGGUCUCAGGAAGCGACUUAACCAAGUAGCAGAAACCACAGAUCCAUCUCAGCCUACAUUUGUUCAAUCUUCUAUAUCAUUUUCUCCUUUCCAGACCACUGACGAUGAUAACAAGAAGGCAGCAGCGGCUGCCGUUGCCGCUAAGCUUGCUGCCUCUGCAUCCUCUGCCCAGAUGCUUACAUCUGUUCUUUCUUCUCUUGUGGCUGAAGAAGCUGCCUCCUUGAAUGGUAACUUGAAAUCUACAGCAUUCUCAUCAGGAUUGCCUAUUUUCAACCCAGAGAAAAGACCCAAGCUUGAAAAACCAACACCUGUCGUAGAUGUUAACAGUCCCGAUAUGGCAAAUUCUUCUUUUUAUGCAACUAUACAACAGCAGCCAUCAUUAGCAAAUGUACCACUUGCACCGUCAGUUGGCAUGCAAACUGUGUCACAAGCCAAUCAACUACAAGCAGCAUUUGCUUCUGCACCCACUCCACCACCUCAUUCUCCAGCAAAUCAACCACCAAACCAAUAUGUCCAAUUCCAAUCAACUGGUUUGAUGGCUGGGGGAAUUCCUUAUGGAUAUGGGUCAAGUAAUCUGCCACCUCCACCACCACCUCCAUUGCCUCCACAUGUGGCAAUGGGGUUAUCAAUACCCGGCACUCAACCAGCUCAGCAGCAACAGCAGUCAUCACCAGGAGGAUUUUACAGGCCACCUGGCAUAGGGUUUUAUGGGCAAAGCAAUCCAUCAACACCACCGCCAGUACCUAGGCAGUGAGCAUUAUUUGAAGAUCAUCGGCCAACUUUGUUGCAAAACCUUGUAACAAGUUCCUCUAGGAAGUUGCUGUGUAUGCAGAGAAUUUUCUUACAGGCUGUGUAUUUUAGUGUAAAUUAUUAGAGAAUUAGAUGUGGCCAGAAUUCAUCUGUAGCCUUAUACACCCCUCUGCCUUUUUUAAUUUUGCCUACUGCCUUAAGUCUGAGUGGUAGGCUUUGACAUCAUAGCGCGAUACUUGAGAUCUUCACUAGUGUCUACUACUGUUAGAAAGCACCUCGUGGGGCCUUAACUAACUAUUUUGAAACAUCACGGAGCCCUUGUCAUGGUGCACGUGGACAUCUUGUUUCUAUUAUGAAACUGCCUAUAAUGGGGAUAAACAUUAACAGAUGGUGUUAUUCACCUCUAGAUGAAUUUUCAGAGCUUCAUCUUCCUCAUAGUAUGCUAUCCUGGGAGGUUGAAUGUUAAUGUAGAUUAAUACCAAUUGACAGGAUGCUGAUAUUUUGGUAUGUGCUAUAGGAUCUUUGUUUUUGCAAGGAAAAUGCUGGUAAUGCACACUAAUAUUAUCUUUCA